AUGUCUGGCUUUCGCGCCGUCAACACCACCCUGUCCGUCCCGGAGCCGCCGCCUGGCCACUCGGGCGAGGAGACGACCCCGACCACGCCGCGCCCCAACAAGCUCUUCGGCGCCGACCAGCACCUCCACCACCCCCACGACCAGCGUCACAUCGACGAGCAGUCGGCCAAGACACCCACUCGAGACAGUUUUGGAGGAUUGGCCGGCCAGCGCCCGCUGCCCGCAGACCUGUCGCCCGCCGCUCCCGAGUCGAAGAAGCAGGCCCGCAACAGCACCCUGCGCCGCGGCAACUCUGAAAACUCCACCCGCUCCGGCGACAACCAGGAUGUGGUGAUGGACGACGAGGACGGCCACGCCGCCUCCGAGAACGAGAGCGUCAACAGCGACAACCGGCCGACCAAGAAGAAGAAGGGCCAGCGCUUCUUCUGCACCGACUUUCCUCCCUGUCAGCUGAGUUUUACCAGAAGCGAACAUCUUGCAAGGCACAUCAGAAAGCACACGGGCGAGCGGCCGUUCCAGUGCCACUGCAACCGCCGCUUUUCGCGCUUGGACAAUCUCCGUCAGCAUGCCCAGACUGUCCAUGUAAACGAGGACAUUCCCGGCGAUUCUCUGGCGGCAACCGGCACGAGAUUCCAGCGUCAGAUCCGAACGGACCGUGUUCGCCCUCCCAACGGCCGCUCUCGCGCCUCAACCAUCAGUAGUGGUGGAGGUGCGCACAGCAGAGGUCAUAGCCGGAACCUGUCGGCUUCUAGUAUUGCUUCGACGAGUUCAAAUACGAGCGAUCGUGAUGACGCCCGCCGGCGGCCCGCUCCACUUGCCAUGGCUGGUGAUGGAGCUGCGCGAGCACGGUUGACGCUGGACACAUAUAACCCUGGUGGUCAGUAUUCCACCCUCGGCAGCCAGUCACCAAGUGGAUUCAGUACGCCAACAUCAACAACGUUUUCACCCGCAACAGGUAGCCCAGGUCCUCGAUAUCCAUCCGGCAUGGACUCGCCCGUAUCGACCGCGCAGAGGCCCGUCACGUGGGCCGGCCACGUCCCCGGACGCCGCCUUUCCGUCCCUUCGAACAGCGGAAACCCGUUCCAAGGGCCUCCCGGCACGAACUACCCGCCUCCCUACAUCAGCCCGUUGACAUCGUCCACGCCCUCCAACUACUCCAAUGCCGGGAGCUUCCUCAACAGUCCUACUGGGUCAACUUUCUCCAGCGAUUCCCGGCGCGAGUCUGUCAGCUCUGAUGCUGAUUGGCGCAGGAGAACAUGGCACCCUGGGACAUACUCGGCCCUGACUCCCAGACCGGCCACGAGUGGUUUGAGUUACUACCAGACUCCCGAUGCCCCGCAGCCGUCGUUCUCGUCUCAGCCAGCCGCCAACCAGCCCGCCUCAAGCCAAGUCACUCGUCUCCCGGGAAUAGAGUCGUUCGACCAUGCACCGCCGCCGCCGUCUCUGGCUACCCAACAUCCAUCGAGUCCGAUGCAGGUCGACCAUCCGAAUCGGCCGGCGGCAAUGGAGCCGUCGACGCCGAACGUUCGCGAGCACAGGGGUCAUCACCACCACCACAACUCGCUUGACCUUUCGUUGCAAAGAGGAAUUCACAAGCUGGACAUUACAAACUCAACACCUCCGCGGGAGCCGGCGUCGUGGUUUAGUUUUGGAAGCAGUAGAGACCAAGGGCAAUCCCAAAGACCGACAACCGCUCCGCAUCCAAGCUUCUCGGUGAACCGCGCUGCUCCUCCACCUCCCCUCACUCACCUGAGUCGGCCUUCUACGGGGGGCGAGUCAAGUCAGAGCUCGCAGGAUCCCGCGCAACCGACAACACCGCGCAAGAACAAACGACAGGGAUGGUACAUGGGACCACUUCAGCAUGCCCCCCAACAUCAGCAGCAAAUGCAGCAACACGCGUACAGGAACCAAAGGACUUCUCCGGAGGAUUCCAGCAGCAGCGAGGGUGUGCCCACACCGUCGACGUCAUCACUCGGGGAGUAUUACCCGGUGAUUGUGCAGAACAAUGGAGGAAAUGUGGAGGAGCGACCAUCCAGCAUGCAUAUGGAGGACCCGGCGAAGUUCACCUUUCCCCAGCCUCCCCAAGCGGCGAAUGAGCGUCCGCCGACGCACCCCGGAUAUCACUUUGGAACCCAGCCACCGUAUGCGCACGGACAGACUGCCACGGCGUUUGGUGGACACCAGCAAAGCCAAAACGGCGCCAGCGACAUGAGAAGAUUAGAGGCUCUUGUGGCGGUUGCUACGGGCGAACGGCCUACAAACCGAGCCUCGUAA